AAAAAGUGUCUCGUCGUUAAAGGGUUAAAAAACAGCGAAAAAACGUGCAGUCACCCGCAUCGACGGUAUUCCCAUUGAAUUAUUGAAAUGCAAUUUUUGUUGUGUUGAAUUAUCAAAGCAGUGAACUCUUGUAGAGUUCGAGCAACAAAAUCGCCCGCGUGCCAAAGGUGAACCAUCCCGGCUGUCAAACAAUUUUAGUUCGAAAGCAAACAAACAAAAGUGCUGAACCGGGAAGCUAAAAAACAAAAGUACCCUCGGGAAGUUUUCGUUUAAGUCACUGCAAUCCUGGACCAAAUAUGUUCCUUUUGUGGCUUAGAGUACACCGUCGUUUGCAAAAGAAGAAGAGACUCCAGAAGAAAAUUGCCGGGAAGCAAUGGAGAGAAAUCAGGGAUGCUUCUGAUCCUUUGGAAUCCCUAUCGGACGAGGCCUUCGAAGACCUCUUCUAUCUGUCAAAACCCAUUUACAGAAAACUCCUUGAGAUCAUCCUUCCUCACAUGAGGUAUAGCCUCAGGACAACAGGACUCAGUAGACAACACCGAGCUCUAAAUGGCCUCAGAUUCUUCAUCAUUGGAUUCUAUCAAAGACCCAUCGGGAGGGACAAUAAAGUACUGCCCAUGUCUCAAGCUUCAGUGUCUCGUUGUGUAACUGAAGUAGCAAAUAUUCUCAAUUAUAAACUAAGCAGUGAGUUCCUUACUUUCCCCACCAAUCCCGAGGAAAAAGAGGCAGUUAAAGAGGGUUUUUAUGAGAAAUUUAAUUUUCCUGGAGUCAUCGGAAGUAUGACCUGCAUGGAAGUUACCAUUAAAAAACCACCAAAUGAUGUUGAGGAAAAAUAUCGGUCCACACGUUUCGGUUUCCACACGAAUAACGUUCAGAUCGUUUGUGACUCAAAUAUGACAAUUUUGCAUGUAAAUUCCCGACAUGGGGGCUCAGUUGAUGACAAUGCCAUCUUCAACACUUCCGUGGUAAAUCAUCAUCUCAAAGAGAAGCAUCAAUUGGGCGAAGGGGGCAACUGGAUAUUAGGGGAUGGGAAGUAUCCUCAAUUGCCCUGGCUGAUGACUCCCAUACCAGAACCGAGAAGCCCCCAAGAACUGAGAUACAAUGAAUGCCAUAAGAAGGCGAAGGAAACAGUGGACAGAUGCACUGGUGUCCUGCGGAGUCGUUUCAGAUGCCUUGCCGUCGCACGCACGCUGAUGUAUACGCCAGAAAAGAGCAGUAUCAUCAUUAAUGCUUGCUGCGUCCUACACAACAUUAUGAUCAAGGAAGGCUUUCCUCUUCCGCCGGAAGAGGAUAUUGCCAAGCAAAUGACGCUAUCGGGAAAUGUUUUAGGACAAUUCCAAGUAGAUGACGUCAACCCGCUGACCUUGAUAAAUCAAGGUCAGGAGAUCAGGAAAAAACUUAUAUCUGACUCAUUUAUGAAAUAAAGAAUCUUGAUAGAAUGUAUAAAACCGAGUUUGAUCUUGAAUAGUUGUUCAGUUGAAGUAAAGAUGUUUAAUCUUUACUGAAACACCUCAAGUCGAUAACGGAGAAAAUUUCUACCGCUACUACUGGAAAUCAAACUCUAGUCACUUCGUAUGACUUAUCACAGUCACGAAGGUUCUGAAAAUCAGCGUACAGAGCAUUGUCCCUGUUGAUGAUAUUAGGCCAGUCGGGUUUUUCUAUGUUUUGACA